AUGAAGCUUCUCUUGGCACUCUCCGUCCUCGCCGCCUCGGCUCUAGCCACCCCCGUCGAGCUUAACACCCGCCAACGCGGUGAAUUUAGCCGCUACGAACUUCGGAUCGCAAGUGGGGCCGCCGAUACUCCCUUCGCCGGGGGUGCUGUGAGCAUCAAGGACGGCAAGCUCGGUUUCUUCGGCGACGACGGAGCAGGCGUCUUCGUCGACGUCGAUGAGGGCUCCCAAGCUUCCAACAGCGUCCGCAUUACCAUCGACGGCGAGGAAGAUUCGGAGUCCUACGUCAGUCUCGCCGGCGAUGACAAAGACGGCCUCCGCGGCGUCGUGGUUUCCGACAGCCCGAGCGAAGGCGCUCUCUUCAGGUUCGGUGAGAUAGAUGAUGCUGGAUAUGCCAAGAUCACACGGGAGGGUGGCGGCAGGUGGGUUGUUGAGAGCGUUAGAGAUGACGACUACGAGCUCUUGUGGUGGGAUGGCGAGGGCUACACCUUGGCCAUUACUUUCCCCGUAGAGUUGGUGGGCCGCCUCGCGGCUCAAAGCCGGAAGCCUAGGGACUAA